GUUGGCUAGCAUCUCCAAGCAGCACAACACGUGCGCCGCGCCGGUGGUAAAUGGUAAACGAAUAUUUCAUUCUGGCACUUUUAUAGGAUGCAAAACGGCCAAGGACAUUCCAGCUCGAACCACCCAGUCCAGGACAAGUUUCAUUUCUACUCCGGUGCCCCACAAAACCAAGAUAUGCGCAGCCGUGGCGGUCACAAUAAUCCAAAUUUCAACAGACAGAACGGCGGACAUGCUGAUGGACAAGGAAAUGGACACCACAAUAAUGUGAAUCACGGACGUAGACGUGGCGGUGGCCGUGGCGGCGGCCGUGGUGGUGGUGGUGGUGGUAGUGUCAAUGGCAACCACUCGGAUUCGUUUUCCAAAUUCCGUGACCCUCAUCAGCAGCAAGACCAAAACAAUGGAUUACGUAGAUCAAACAGUAGAGGAGGUGGCGACAGCGUAGGCGGGCCUGGUGGUCGUAGAAAUCGCAGGCCUCGUGGAGGGCGAGGUGACAAUCGCAGAGAUUCGCAACGAGGACAACGUAACAACAACUGGGGUGCUCCACAGGAGCCCAUACCUAAUACUAGUUUCUACUACGAACCUAUGGGACAAGCUCAAGCUCCCGAAGUACACCCAUCGGUGCUGGGCGUCUUGGAAGUGCCACAGCUGCCUGAGGCUACCAUGAAUUAUAUUCCGUUAGCAACAGAAGCACCUGAGCCUGAGCCUGAGCCGCCUGCCGCCAUUGAAGCCAAACCCACGGUGCCACCUAUCGGCAUUAACAUCAAGAAGGAGAAGAAAGAACCGGCAGUUGUGAAACCUGCACCGCAGCCCGUCAAAAAGCCAGCGGAGAGCAGCGACGAGAGCUCAUCCAGCAGCUCCGAUGAAAGCGUAGAGACUGGUGAAGUGGUUAAAGCUCAGGCUGUGAAACCGAAGGCAGAAGCUGCCAAGGCACAAGUGGCCUCUGCUAAAGCCCCAGUAGCAUCUUCUUCUUCCUCAUCUUCCGAGGAUUCUGACUCUGAUUCGGACAGUGAGGAUAGUCUGCCACCAGCUAAAAGCAAAACAGCAGCAAAAGAGAAGGAAUCGAGUGGCAAGACAUCUAAGAAAAUGAAGAAAACCCUAUCCCAAGAGGAUGUUAUCUGCUUGGGCGCUCCGAAGCGACACUACACCAUACCUGAUGAGGACGAGGAGAGCAGUGAGGUGGACGAGGAGGACGAGGAUGAGCAGCAGAAAGCCAACAAAAGUAAAAGCAAGCAAAAACCCGACAAUGGCUGUGCAAUUUGCGACAAAAAGGGCCACACAUCCUUCGAGUGCCAGAUGAUAUGCAAAAACUGUUCGGCUCAGUUCCAUAGCCUUAAGAACUGUCCAAAACCACCGAAUAUGAUCAUUGCUCUGCAGGCAUAUUUGGAGUACACCAUGCAGCAGAUGGCCGUGUUCAAUGUGGAGCAGCAACGGUUUGCCUUUCCCGCUGGUGCGAUGCCAACAAUGUCAUCCGCACCGCCCUCGUCUACGCCUGUCAAGUCGAAAAAGGAUAAAAAGACACCUAAGAAGUCCAAGAAAACGCCACAAAAGAGAAUGAAACUGGAGACUGCUGCCGACGAUGACGACGAUGAUGAUGAUGAUGAUGAUGAUGAAGACGACGACGACGAUGAGGAGGCAAGCAGCGAUAGCGAAGAUUCCGAACCAUCCAGCGAUGAGCCAGCACCCGUCUCUAAGCAAAAGCGAAAGCGGAAUGCAAGCAAGACAAAUCCUCAGACUGCCUCAAAUAUACCACCACAAGCGUUUCCAUUUCCCCUGCUGGCUGCCGGCUCACCUUACAGCUCCAUGAUGUAUCCAUAUGCGGCGCCCUUUAGUUUUCCUAAACAAAAAUAAGAAUUAAAAUAGUGUUGGAAGUAGUUCUAAAAUCUUUUGUAUAAAUGAAUUCGGGGGAAAUUCCCGCAGUGCUUUAAAAAUGUUCAAAAAUACAAGCAAAUAUGCA